AAGCUAAAGUGUAUUUAAAGAGAAAAAACAACGUUUAAAUUCGACCAAAAAAACCAAAGUGAAAGACAUCCUUCUGUGCCACAUCCAGAGUUUCUGAAGAUGCUUCAGAGGAGAUUCUUCUGUUUACUGCUGUGCUUCAGCAUUGGCUGGGCAUCAGAAAAUGGAAGCACCUUUGAAGACCUGGGAGGAGGAGUCCGUGGCUCCAGAUUAGGAGAGCAAAAAACCCAGACUGACUGCACAGACGCUAAGAAUUGGCCAAUAUGUUCUGAUGAUGAGUGGGGCUCUAAAUGUCCUUCAGGGUGCAGGAUGCAGGGACUGAUUGAAGAAACGGAUCAGGAGUUCAGUGACAGGAUAAAUAAAAUUAGGAGGCUGCUCAGUGAUAAUCAAAACAGCUACAAGCAAUCAAGUGUGGUGAGACAGGAAAUCACUGCCUUUCUGGAAAGGAAUAUGGUCAGCGAGCAGCAGGCAGGUGAUAACUAUGGGCAAGUAUCUGAUGAUCUGAGAAGGAGACUUGAGAUCCUGAAACAGAGAGUUACUGAGCAAGUAAAUAGAAUUAAUGUGCUGCGAAACACCAUCCGAAAUCAGGUUGGAGAGCUGAAGCGUUUGGAGGUGGACAUUGAUAUUAAGAUACGCGGCUGCAAAGGGUCCUGUGCUCGAGGAUACAACUAUCAUGUGGACACAGAGAGCUACGACAACAUACAGAAGCUUCUUGUCCAAGCCAGUUCCAUCAACCUGCAACCAGAAUUGCAAGCUGCACCCUUAAAGAUCCUGAAAAUUAGACCACUGAAGGACUCUACUGCGCCUUCACACUUUAAAACUUCUCCUCUGACAGAACAAGAAGCAAACACCCUUAAGCUAAUUAAGCUGUCUGAAGUAGUCUUAGAAGAUCCAGCUGGAGCACCCACUAGCAAGCUAGUCACUUCUGGUUCGGAAAGGGGGGUCUCUCUUUUGGAGGUCGAACAACCUCAUUCUACUCACAUGGGCCGCAUAUGCAUCAAAAAAAUCACCAGAAAAGUGAUUAGUAACCCUGAUGGCUCUACCAGAGUUGAGGAGACUGAAGAUUAUAAAACCCCUGAAGGUACCGACUGCUCUCGGUCAUUAGCCGGAGAAACAGGAAGCUCCUCCCAUAUCAGAGUGCACUACACCGGUGGUGGAAGUGGAUCGCCUGACUUCACUUCCUUGCAUCCAGAAGUGAAAGAUUUUUUCGCACCCAGUUCUGGUAGCAAAUCUCACACAGGAACCAGCAGCCACAGGGUGACUAUUGAAGGAACUGAUGCUUUUAGUGACCUAGGAGAGGGAGAAGAGGACAAUUUUUCAGCAUUUGACCAACCUUCUCCUGAUUUCCAUUCUAGCAAGACAAGCAGCAGUUCAUCUCAUUCCAGGACAGUUGUGUCCAGCAGCAGUAGUACUAGUGGCUUCAAUAAAGGGGGUUCCACUUUUGAAACCAAGUCCUUAAAAUUUCCUACAGUGGAGGAGGCAUUAGCUGAAGUGCAACAUGAUGAGAGUGAAGAGGAUAAUCCUGAUUUUCGAGCACGCAGCUUGAACGCUGGAGGAGUAAAGCUGGGGGAAAGCUACAUCGGGACAGACUGUGAGGAUAUCCACCAGAAACACACUUCUGGUGCCAAAAGUGGCAUUUUCAGAAUCAAGCCAGCAGGAUCCGCUAAGGUUUUUUCAGUUUAUUGCGACCAAGAGGAUGGCUUGGGAGGAUGGCUUCUGAUCCAACAGAGAUGGGAUGGGUCCUUGAAUUUUAACCGGACCUGGGAAGACUACAAGAGAGGUUUCGGCAGCGUGGAUGGCAAAGGGAAAGGAGAGUUCUGGUUGGGCAAUGAAAAUCUCCAUAUACUGACCCAGAAGGACAGCGUCCUUCGAGUUGAAAUAGAGGACUGGGAGGGCAAUGAAGCUUAUGCAGAAUAUAAUAUCCAUGUAAGCUCUGAAUCGGAAGGUUAUAGUCUCCAUGUCUCAGAUUAUGAGGGAACAGCUGGGGAUGCUCUGGUCAUAGGCUCAGAGGAAGAAGGCAGUGAAUACACAGCACAUGCUAACAUGAAGUUUAGCACCUUUGACAGAGACAAUGACCAGUGGGAAGAAAACUGCGCCGAGGUCUAUGGAGGUGGCUGGUGGUACAACAAUUGCCAAGCUGCUAAUCUCAAUGGGAUUUACUACUCAGGGGGUCAGUACGACCCAAGGAACAACAUUCCAUUUGAGAUAGAAAAUGGAAUCGUCUGGGUACCCUUCAAGCCCUCAGAUUACUCUCUCCGAGUUGUUAGAAUGAAAAUUCGCCCAAUAGAGACAGAUUAGCUAUCCAAGCAAAGGGAACACUUUCCCCCAAAAUGCUAUUAUAUACCUCACAUGUAUGGUUUGUUUGUUUUUUACCCAAAGCAACUGAAUGCAACUGAGACACUUCUGCAUAUGAAAUAAAAUAAAGUUUCACUUUUGUUAAAAAUAA